ACAGAUCGUCGGGGACAGACUCUUGAUUUUCUCAGUAAGCGUGGUCCUCUUGCUCAAACUUGCAGCACAAUGUGUGAACUCCAGCAGAGUGUAUAUCCACAGCACAGACGCAGCUCUGGAUCUGAGAUUAUUAAAGGACUGCUGCCAUUAUCAAUCCACAACUAAACUGGGAAUUUUCUCGGUGGAGCGGCAGAUUUGAGGAUGACAACUGAGUAGACGAGACUCUGUCGUCAAGAUGAACCCUUCCUCUCUGGACUGGUCCAUUCAGAGCGCCCUGUCGUCUCUUUUCCCUCCGUUUGAGGCUACCGCUCCUACUGUUCUCAGCCAACUCUUUCGCACCAUUGAGGAACGUUACCAUGGAGAUGCACUGCAGUGCCUGCUGAACUUCCUUAUCCCAGCCAAACAUAUCCUAGAGAGUGUGCAACAAGCUGCCUGUGCUGCAUAUUCUGAUGUCCUGUUCCAGUGUGAGGGUUGGCCGUUGUGUUUGAGAGAUCGUGUGGUGAUCCAACUUGCCUCCAUCAAUCCUUUACUACUCAGACCUGGAGAUUUCUACUUGCAGGUGGAACCUUUCGGAGAACAGUCGGCCCGAAUUGUCCUCAAAAGCCUUCUUGUGCAGGAAGACCUCCUGGGGCAGGAGAAUCUGGUCUUGCAAGCAGGUUGCAGGGUGCUGGAGUGUCCUUCAAUUGAAGAGACGCCCAUCCCCGAGACAUCCUAUCCAAGCAUAUUUACAGAAUCCUGGCUAAGAGAAAUAAAUGAGGGGCGUCAUGGAAAUCCUCUUUGUCAAUGUGUACUGUCCUCUGACAAGGGGGUUGUGAAGGUACCUUGGACAGAAGUUGCCAACCCAGAAUUCCUUGACAGGCCAAAAUCUAACAUCUGGACUGAAACAAAGCCAUGUUCAACCGCAACUAUCCGUGUAAGAGAUCUUAAUGCUGAGAUUUCAGAGAUCGAGUCACAGGUAGUUGUAGAUUUCCUUCCACUAGAGAUGGAAACUAGGAUUGUCCCUGCAAUAGAUGGCAUGGCGCUUUCUGUUCAGCUGGUCGAGAGUGGUAGCAGACUGGUGAAGGUCGAUCAAGGACAUACAAUCAGUAGUUUCGCUGGAAAACCUGUUGGCUGGGUGUCACCUAAUACCUGGGACAGUAGGCAAACACAGGAAUUGGAAGGAGAAUAUGUGGAUCUGCUGGAGUUCAACAAAGAGAAAGAGACUUUGGUGCCACACAAAAUAGCAAUGCCCAUGAAGCCAUUAGGCUUCAAGCUAGUCAGGACAGCUCAACCUUCCUCAAAAUGCAACGCUAGCAUAUGUAGUGAGGACUGCAAUCCAAACAAACAGUCAUCUGAGAUCACAAAGCACGAUCCAGAUUCCAAAUGCAGGUAUCGGCAGUCUUACAUGGCAGCUCUCAGAAACCCUGUGAAUUUCGAGAGAGCAAGUAUGCUACCUUGUCUAGAUGAAACAAGGACGGAUGCAGGGGAGACUGAGCCAAGCUGCGAGGGAUAUGGAGUUGGCCUCAGACUUCAACCUUCGAGUUGUAUGUUUGGCCAGACACCAAACCAAGCAGACAGAAACCCGAUGCAAUCCUUUGAGAACUCAGCCCAACAAAAGCAAAGCCCAAAAAACUCAACCCAGCCAAGUCAAAACGUACCUCAUGACCGCAAGUCAAGGGAAAACGCAGAGUCUCUUGACCAACAUAUGACCCACCUUAUCACUGGCAUGGUCCAAGCAAGACAUCCUCACAAGUCAUUCCUCACAGGGCAACAGGAUCUCUCUCAGACUGUACUGGGAACUAAAGCCGUACCCGACAAAAGACAUCACUGUCUGAACAACGCUAUUAGACAAGAUUCGUUUCACAUGCGGAUUAGUGGACAGAAGCAUGCCAAAACCCAACACUUACCCAAAAUGGGACUCAGGGCUUUACCUGACCAUGGUGGUCACAGACAAGACGCUAAUCUAUGUUUACAAGGUUUUACUCCUAUUCAGCACUCGCAAAAUCAACCAACACACAUCACCGAACAAACACCUCCUCUAUUUCAGCCCCAGAUCAGCCAGAAUCCAUUCAAAAAUGAGAACAGACUUUUGGAUUAUAAUGUCUUCUGUGAUGACAGACAUUGUGGAAGAGGCCCGGGUUCACCUGUACAGGUGAUCAAAGGUAAAAGCAGGUCUAAAUCCCGCUCAUCCUCUUCAGUUUCGGAAACAGCCAAACAGUGUCUGCAGUCAAACAAGCCGACCAACCGAAGCCACAGUGAUGUCUUUCCAGAGAUCAUUCCAAUGUUGCCUGCUAUCCAGGGAAUUAAACACACAGCUAACUUGGUCUCCCCAAAAUUAAACAGACCACAAGAAGCAAGAAAGGAAGUCUCCUUAUCUGGUAAAGCUGGAGCUCCAGUUGUUAAUGGAGUGGAGCUCCAGAAGCUUCAUCACUGUGAUCAGCCAUUGACUGGCCAGUCUGAGAAUGGAGUUCAGGGCACUUUUCUUUCCCAGGACCCCACAAUCAAGAGCCUUCUCCAGCUAGGCAUCAUCUGUCUCCCAGGCGGUCGGGACAGAGCCGGUCGGGCUGUGGUUGAGGUGUACGGGGGCAGAAAUGGCUGGAUUUCCCCUCAGGUUUCUCCUCUGGAGCUCUGCAGAUUGUUGCUCUACUUGCACUCCAUUCCCAGGUCGGAGGUCAGAGAGUUGGGUCUGACUGUAGUGAUUGACAGCAGGAGGUGCCCUUUGACCUCUGUGUUCUACAAAUCACUGCUCAUGGUUCAGGAGCAGGCCCUUCAUGCGGUGCACACUAUCUUGAUGCUUGUUGAUAAAGACGCAAAUCCUCGACCAGAAAAACAUCCUGGUCUGCAGAUAGAUGUUGUGACAUCACUGAAAGCUCUCCAUAAGACAGUGGACGGACAUCAGCUGACCUCUGACCUCUCCGGAAGCUUCCCGUACAGUCAUGAAGACUGGCUUCAGUUUCACCAGAAACUCUCCCUCUUUCAAAUCGACCUUCAAGCAGCGUCUUCACUACUUCAGACGGCAAUCAGGAGACUGGAUGUUAAAAAAACAGACACUGCGAAGGAUGUCCAGUCCUGCAUCCAGGAGCAGAGGAGCUCCAUGAAGAUGGUGCUUGAAGAUACGCGAUUGGUCGCUCUGCAGAGAGAGGGCGGGGCUAUCCUGGCCAGGAUGAGGAGGGAGGAGUCUCGGUUUGCCCAGUCUGAGGACUUCAGAGACUCUCUGGAGUCAGUGACGUGUCUUUAUAACCAGGUGGAAGAGUCCGUUCACAUGCUGGUGAUGAAAUCCAACCAGUCUCUGCAACACCUCGAACACGUUCUUCUGCUGAGAGAAACUCAAGACUCGCUCCACACUAUCCAAAAAUGGUGUGAUGCAGAAGAGCGUUUAUGGCAGAAAGACAAAGACGAUGCAGAGAAAACCCUGCAGAAGAUCCAGCAGAGACUUCAAGACACACAGACCAUCCUUAGACAAGCAAAGGAGAAUAAAGAAAGAGGGAUGUUGCUGAUAAAGGACGUGGAGAGGAAAAGCAAAGGCACACAUUAUCCUGAAACGGAUGCGUUUGGAUGUUACACCACCGGGUUUAAAACAAGGAUGACAGGGUUUCUCCUGAAAGCAGAAGAGCGUAAAUCUGAGCUGCAGACGUCUGUGGAUCUCUAUCGCUUCUGUGAAGAGGCCUCGUCUCUAGUGAAAGAGUGUAUGGAGUAUUUAGAUCACAUGAAGUCCUCAAACUCCCCGAUGCGCGCCUGCUGGAGUUCCCUGCAGGCAUUUGAGGAGCGUUUUCAACAUUUCUCACCUAAGCACUUCCAGGACAGGAGCGCCGCCCUGCUGGAGAGGCUUCCGGACGGGAUCUGGAUGUGGAAUGCAGUGCAGACUCAAUGCAGAGACAUCCGACAGCGGCUCUCUGAGAUCCUGCAGGCCUCACACACACACAAGGACAGCCGGGACGAGGCACGCUUGAACCUUGUCAGCGGUCAAACCCAAAAUAGAUCCGCCGGACAGGCUGAUAAUGAGACACUGACGUAUUUACAGUCAGAGGGAUCAGAGUUUGAGCCCGUAAUGACUUCAAGCAUGCGUGAAGAAUCUGCAUCACAUAUUCAACAAUCUGUUCAAUGCACAAACCAAAAAACAAGUCAUUUGCAUGAACCUAAAGAUAUGUUACACAAUCCAAGCAUGCAAAAUGAAUCUGCAUCACAUAUUCAACAAUCAGUUCAAUGCACAAACCAAAAAACAAGUCAUUUGCAUGAAACUGAAGAUAUGUUACACAAUGCAAGCAUGCACAAAAAAAAUGCAUCACAUAUUCAACAAUCUGUUCAGUGCACAAAACAUUUGCAUGAAUAUAAAGAUAAUGUACACAAUCCUUUAGACGUGCAAAAAGAAUCUACACCCCAUUUUAAAGGAUCUGUUCAAUGCACAGAACUAAACGCAAGUCAUUUGAAUGAAACUAAAGAUAUAUUACACCAUCCUUUAAACGUGCAUGAAGAAUCUGCAUCACAUUCUAAGGAAUCCGUUCAAUGCACAAAUCCAAAAACAAGUCAUUUGCAUGAAACUAAAGAUAUCCUACACAAUGCAAGCAUGCACAAAAAAUAUGCAUCACAUUUUCAACCAUCUAUUCAAUGCACAGAUCAAAAGACAAGUCAUUUGCAUGAACCUAAAGACAAAUUACACAAUGCCCCAAGCAUGCAUGAAGAAUCUGCAUCACAUAUUCAACAAUCUGUUCAAUGCAAAGACCAAAAAACAAAUCAUUCGCAUGAAACUAACAAUAUUUUACACAAUCCAAGCAUGCAAAAGGAAUCAGCAUCACAUAUUCAACAAUCUGUUCAAUGCACAAACCAAAAGACAAGUCAUUUGCCUGAACCUAAAGACAAAUUACACAAUGCCCCAAGCAUGCAAAAUGAAUCUGCAUCACAUGUUCAACAAUCUGUUCAAUGCAAAGACCAAAAAACAAAUCAUUCGCAUGAAACGAACAAUAUUUUACACAAUGCAAGCUUGAAAAAUGAAUCUGCAUCACAUAUUCAACAAUCUGUUCAAUGCACAAACCAAAAAACAAGCCAUUUGCCUGAAACUAAAAAUAUGUUACACAAUCCAAGCAUGCAAAAUGAAUCUGCAUCACAUAUUCAACAAUUUGUUCAAUGCACGAACCAAAAAACAAGUCAUUUGCAUGAACCUAAAGAUAUCAUACACAAUGCAAGCAUGCACAAAAAAAAUGCAUCACAUGUUCAACAAUAUGUUCAAUGCACGAACCAAAAAACAAGUCAUUUGCAUGAACCUGAAGACAAAUUACACAAUGCCCCAAGCAUGCAUGAAGAAUCUGCAUCACAUAUUCAACAAUCUGUUCAAUGCACAAACCAAAAAACAAGUCAUUUGCAUGAACCUGAAGCUAAAUCACACAAUCCCUCUGACACAAGGUUAAAAAAGCAUCAUCAUAAAAACUCUCACAGUGAUGGUGACCUCAGUAAGUCAGGACAGAUCCGUAAGUUUGAUCACACAGCACAUUAUAAAGUCUUCAUCCGCUCUCAAAGUGCAGAAUCCUGCUUGCGAGGCUACUGUUAUAACAUCCCUGUGUGCAAAACCGAUACUGAAACAUCUACGGCCUCCUGUGUUGGAACAUCAUGGGAAGGACUGAGCCCUGAACUGAAUCAGCAUGACAGUUUCUGCUCCAGCGCUUCUGGAUUCAGCCAAUGUGAUGUGAAUGAGAAGUUCAGCAGUGACUGCAGAUCGUCUAAUGGCAGCGGUUCAGUUUCAGGAUGUUCAGAUAAUGCAUUUAAAAAGCAGGAGGAGACCAUCUGCAGGCCUGAUUGUACAAUGGAGAACUGCAGCACCGCACUUAAACUGCAGCGGAUCAUGCAGGAGUUGUUGCAGACGGAGCAGGAGUAUGUUCGGGCUCUGACAUAUGUGGUGGAGAACUAUAUGCCAGAGUUGGAGCGUCCCGACGUGCCGCAGGACCUGCGUGGUCAGAGAGGACUAAUCUUCGGGAAUCUGGAAAAGCUGAGAGAUUUUCACCAACACCACUUUAUACAGGAGCUGGAGCUCUGUCUGGAAGAGCCCUUCAGUGUGGGACGCUGCUUCCUAAAACACAAAGAAAGUUUCGGUCUUUACGCUUUAUACAGCAAGAACAAGCCACGCUCAGAGAACCUGCUCAUCCAGCACGGCAAAGACUUCUUUAAGCAGAAGCAGCAGCAGCUGAAGGAUGCUCUGGACUUGUCUUCAUAUCUGCUGAAGCCGGUGCAGCGCAUCAGUAAAUACAGUCUUUUGCUGCAGGAUCUGCUGCGCGAGUGUGAGUGUGUGACAAACGCAGAGCUGCAGCGCACAGAGAUACACACCGCUUUAAACAUCAUCCAGUUCCAGCUGCGGCACGGAAACAACCUGCUGGCCAUGGACGACAUCCAUGGCUGCGAUGUGAAUCUGAAGGAGCAGGGUCAGCUGAUCCGUCAGGACGAGUUUCUGUUGACCUUCAGGAAGAAGAAAUGUUACCGUCACAUUUUCCUCUUCCAAGACCUGAUCCUCUUCAGCAAGACUCGCAAAACUGACGUCGGAAACGACACGUAUGUCUACAAACAGUCCUUCAAGACGUCAGACAUCGGGAUGACCCAUAACUCUGGGGACAGCGGUCUGUGUUUUGAGAUCUGGUUUCGGAGAAGGAAGACUCAGGACACGUAUGUGCUUCAGGCUGCGAGUCGAGAGGUGAAGGAGAGCUGGACCAGAGAUCUGGAGAGGAUUCUGUGGGAGCAGGCCAUUCAUAACAGAGAGAUCCGGAUGCAGGAGCGAGUGUUCAUGGGAAUCGGACAUAAACCCUUCAUGGACAUCAAGCCCAGUGAGAUGGCCAUCAGUGACCGAGCCAUCAACUGUGUACUCACAGGACGAGGGGGUGUUUCUGUCUUCCGUCUGAACUCCAUUGGCUCGGCCAGUGGCACCUCGUCCUCUGGAAGUCAGUCGUCCUGCUCUUCCGGAUGGGGCUCUCUGUCUCCUGUGGUUCCGGUUGGAGGAGAUGAUGUUCGAUAUGUUCAGGGGACGUCGGGGAUCCUGGAGGAAGACGAUUUAGACCAGGAGAGCGGAAACCACAGCACACUCGUGGCCAGUUCAGAGUCGUCUGGUGAAAGCGUCAGCUGUUUCAGCACUUCAGCUCACAGCUGCUCGUCUGUCAUUGGUGGAGACUGUGAACACAGUCUGUCUGAGCUGAGAAGACAACAUAAACAAGACCACCUUAAAACCACUAACCAAACCAGAGGCCAGACCUGCGCUAACGUACAGUCACCAAUAGGAAAGUCAACCGAAGUGUAACUCAUCAUGUUUGUCUAUACUGUAAUAAUAGCAUCAUGUGUUUUAUAUUUUCAUAUAAUCACUAUCAAUCAUGUGACACUCUAAAAUACAAGUUAUUUAUUUAUUUUCUGACUGUGUAACGUUGUUUUAUAGCACUAACUUUUCAUUUUUAAAACCUACACAAUCCAUUGACUUUUAACUCAUUAUUUUAGACUGUUUUUGAUUAGGUUUGUUGUACAGAUUUGUUGUAAAACCGACAUCUGUAAUCUGUAUAUAAUAAAAGGGCUUUUCAUUGUCAAACCAAGCAACAAGUGUUUUUGAUUUGCUCUAUCUGUUUCUAAUUAUCUUCGUGGUACAGGUUGUUAAGCACAAACAGAUGUGUAAUCUUUUAAGAAAACAUGUUUGGGUAAAAUAAAUGGCUGAUAUAGGAGUCUGAGAAUGUUUAUAAGUCAUACAAGUAUACUGUAUAAUCCAGAUGUUUGAGGUUUGUUAUUAUUUGACCACCGUAAUAAUUUCACUUUCUGAUUUGGUUGAUGAUG